AUGGUGCCCUACCAGCAAAACAACCUCCGAAUGGUACCCUUUCAGCAACACAACGUCCCUAUGGUUCCCUACCAGCAACACAACCUCCCCAUGGUGCCCUAUCAGCAACACAACCUCCCGAUGGUGCCCUACCAGCAACACAACCUCUAUAUGGUUACCUUCCAGCAACUUAACCUCCCUAUGGUGCCCUACCAAAAACACAACCUCCAUAUGAUGCCCUAUCAACUACACAACUCCCCAAGGGUGCCCUAUCAGCAACACAACCUCCCUAUGGUGCCCUACCAGCAACACAACCUCUAUAUGGUUACCUUCCAGCAACUUAACAUGGUGCCCUCUAUCCUCCCCCAUGGUGCCCUAUCAACAACACAACCGCCCAUGGUGACCUUUCAGCAACACAACCUCCCCAUGGUGCCCUAUCAACAACACAACGUGCAUAUGGAACCCCUACCAGCAGCACAACCUCCCCAUGGUGCCUCUAUCAGCAACACAACCUCCCAUAUGAUGCCCCUACCACUCAGCAACACACCUCCAUAUGGUGCCCUAUCCAGCAGCCUCAACCUCCCGCAUGGUGCCCUAUCAACAACACAACGUCCCCAUGGUGCACUAUCAGCAACACAACCUCCAUGA